AGCAAACUUCGUUCAUGCCCUUAUCUCUCUUCUGUACCUUUGUUGUCAUUCACACCCACCUCUCUUUCCUCGAAGUUUAAUUUUCCCUCCCUUCUAGGUCUUUAUUCCUUUUCUUACUUCAACAUGUUCCCUAGCUAUAUAUAUAAACCUCCUCACGCACCCUGAUUAAUUUCUAGGUAUUGUUUUUCCGAUUGACUUUCAUCACACUGAGAUAAUUAUAAUGGCGUGCCAAAACGGAGUGGUGUUUGAAGAUUUCUUCCCGGCCAUGGUCGACAAGUUGGGAGCGGAAGGCUUCAUGAAGGAGCUCUGCAACGGCUUUCGGCUUUUGAUGGACGGAGAGAGAGGCGUGAUCACGUUUCAGAGCUUGAAGAGGAACUCCGGCUUGUUGGGAUUGCAAGGUAUGAGCGACGAUGAGGUGAGGAGCAUGAUCAAAGAAGGUGAUUUGAAUGGUGAUGGGUGCUUGAAUGAGAUGGAGUUUUGUACACUCAUGUUUAGGUUGAGUCCUGCUAUGAUGGAAAGUUCUGUGGAGUUGUUGGAGGAAGCUUUUGUUACUGAUGAUGGUGAUCAGGUGUAGUGAUCUCUUCUUCUGUGGCAAUCUAGUUUUUCUUGUAGUAUGUCAUCAAGAUCUUUUUGUUUCCAUUAUCAUCCUAGUUUGUAAUUUCGGUUGAGCUUA